GCACCCGCCAAGAAGAUGGCCUCGUGUAUGGAAUACGCGUGCGGUGGCGACGUGAAGGCCAUCGCGUAUGGCCUGCUCGUGACGCUCAUCCUGUCGGCGACGAUGGUGGUGGCAGGCCUGAAGGCGGGCAUCACCCCAGGCGUCAGCCCGCUGGUGGUGCUGUGUGGCUGGGGUGCCUUCCGGAAAGCGUCGAGGGGCCCUGCCGGAUCGCGUUUCCUGAACCUCAGCCAGGUGGCCGGCUCCGCCGGCAUGGCCAUCGUUAGCGGGGUGAUCUUCUCGGAGCCGCUGCUCCAGGUCAUGCACCUGAACUUCGCGCAGGACGAGCUCGACAGCCUCGGCGUGGAGAAGAAGCUUGCGGAGAUGCCGUGGGGCGAGGCCCAGAGGCUGAUGGCGCAGUACCGCCUGUCUAUCCCGGAGGUGGACGUGCCCGUGAACAUCAUGGCCUGCCUUGUGGGCUCGCUGAUCGGCUGGGGCUUCGUCGGCCUCACCACGCGCAAGUUCCUCUCCGACCCGACCCUGCCAGCGCCAGAGGCGACGGCGUGCGUCUCGAUGAUCGAGGCCGCCGUGGCCGACAACGGCCACAGGCCCAGGCUCGACGUCUCCCUGGUGCUCAGCAUCGUCGGCAGCUUUGUCACGCGGGUGCUGGCGCUCCUGUCGCUGGCCUCGAGCUCCAUCCUCGUGUGGUCCCGGCAGGGCGCACGCGGCGCCGCCUUCGAGCUGCUGGUGCCCUUUGACAGCGGCGCGCUCUACCUCGGCAUCGGCGCCCUGCUCACGGUGCCCACCGCGCUGCUGACCUUCACCGGCUCCUUCGUGCGCCUGGUCGGGGACUUCCUGCUGGCCGGCGUCGAGCCCGGCACGGGCCUGGCGGCGAGGAUGCCGGCCAACUCGAUGCGUUGGGUCGGCGGCGGUGCCAUGACGGUCGCCGUGGUCUACAGCCUCGGCAGGUUCCUGUGCGCGGGCCUGCUCCGCAGGCCGCGUGCGGCGCAGCGCGCUGGCGACGUCGAGGCGAGCGCCGACGCGGACUCGCUGCUCGACAUCGGGCCCCGCAACGCGAAGGUGCUGGCGGGCGCCGUCGCGGUCGGCGCCCUCGGCUUGGCCCUCUGGCUCUUCGCCACGGAGGGCUUCAGCGCCUUCAGCGUCUUGAUGGUCGUGGCGAUCCUGGUGAUGGCAUCGCUGAUGGUGCCGCUGGGCGCCAUACUGUCGCUGCAGAUCGGCGGCUCCUGCUCUCCGGUGUCUGGUACUGUGUUCGUGACCACGCUGGUGUUGUGCUUGGUGGCCCUUGCGACUGGCCAGCGGGAUGUGGGCGCAGUGCCAACUAUCACGACGCUGCUAGUUGCGGCCUGCGUGGCCGUCUGCUCUGCCAACGACGUGAGCCAGGACUACAAGACCCUGCAGCUGUGCGGCGUCGCCCCGCGCGAGGGCUUCCUGGCCCAGAUCCUGGGCCUGCUGGUCGGCUCCAUAGUGGUGCCCCUGUCCCUCUACGUCGCCGACAGCGCCUACGGCCUCGGCACCGAUGCGCUGCCGGCGCCGCAGGGCAAGAUGUUCGCCACCCUGGUGCAGGGGCUGCUGAUCGAGGAGGCGCUGCCCUGGUACCCCAUCCUCAUCGGCGUAGGCGUGGGCGCCUGCGCAGUGGUCCUCGACUACGUCGGCGGCCGCCUCGGUGUGCAGAUGCCCGCUAUGUCCAUCCCCGUCGGCCUGUACCUGGGCGCGGACACAGGAAUCGGCAUCCUCAUCGGGUCCGCCUUCCGCUUCGUGGGCGAGCGCAUGCGCGAGCGCACCACGGGCGUGCCGAGCUCGCAGACGCACGAGUGCAUCCUGGCCGCGGCGGGCAUGAUCACCGGCGGCGCUUUCCUGGACCUCAUCCUGGGCAUCGCGAUCCUCUUCGGCUUCGACCCCGCGACCCUCAGCGUGUUCUCGAGCAGCGGCGCCGACGGCAAGCUCGACAUGCCGCUGGCCCUCUCCGACUCCCUCUCGGUGCUCGGCCUCCUGUUCUUGGGCUGGGUGCUGCUGCACAACUCCCUCCACGGCAGCGGGGACGGGGAGGGGCCGCACUGCAAGGGGGGCAAGGCCUCGUGCAGCGAGGAGGCGUCCACUGCGUCGUCGCCCUCCGACGCCCGCGUGGCCAUCUGA